GACGCUCGAUGCGGCCAUGUUGGUGAUCCCCAAUAAAAGACAAAUAAAAAGUGUUGUCAGAGAGCAACGAGCAGGUGAAAGAAGGUGAAAGUCCUCCAGAACAGACGCCGGGAAAAAGAGGAAGAGAAAAAUGAAGGAGUGGAUCACAUGACCAGCUUAUUUCCUGCUUCACCAACUUGAGCUGCCUGGCCGCCUCAGAGCAGCUCCUCCUCGGACUCGCUCCCACCGCAGGUCUUCUCCUUCGACCUCCCAGCCGCCGACUUCGACUCAACUCAAAAGUCGCCCAUUUUCCUGCUUUCCCACUGCUCAUCAUGGCGACAGCGGCGGUGUCUGCCCCGGCUAGCAGCGGCCCCAACCCCGGCCCGGGAACCGAGCUGGUCCGCGGGCAAGCGUUCGACGUUGGGCCUCGCUACAGCAACCUGUCGUACAUCGGCGAGGGAGCCUACGGGAUGGUUUGCUCGGCGUACGACCGGGACAACAAGAUCCGCGUGGCCAUCAAGAAAAUCAGCCCCUUCGAGCACCAGACGUACUGCCAGCGCACGCUGCGAGAGAUCAAGAUCCUGCUGCGCUUCAAACACGAGAACAUCAUCGGCAUCAACGACAUCAUCCGCACGCCGACCAUCGACCAGAUGAAGGACGUUUACAUAGUCCAGGACCUGAUGGAGACGGACCUCUACAAGCUCCUGAAGACCCAGCACUUGAGCAACGAUCACAUCUGCUACUUCCUUUACCAGAUCCUACGAGGCCUCAAGUACAUCCACUCCGCCAACGUGCUGCACCGCGACCUCAAGCCCUCCAACCUCCUGCUCAACACCACCUGCGAUCUCAAGAUCUGUGACUUUGGUCUGGCUCGCGUGGCCGACCCGGACCAUGACCACACCGGAUUCCUAACAGAGUACGUGGCCACCCGCUGGUACCGAGCGCCUGAGAUCAUGCUCAACUCCAAGGGCUACACCAAGUCCAUAGACAUCUGGUCGGUGGGCUGCAUCCUGGCUGAGAUGUUGUCCAACAGGCCCAUCUUCCCCGGGAAGCACUACCUGGACCAGCUCAACCACAUCCUGGGGAUUCUGGGUUCUCCGUCUCAGGAGGAUCUGAACUGCAUCAUCAACAUCAAGGCCAGGAACUACCUGCUGUCGCUUCCUCUGCGCUGCAAAGUGCCCUGGAACCGCCUCUUCCCCAAUGCCGACGUCAAAGCUUUGGACCUGCUGGACAAGAUGUUGACCUUUAACCCCCACAAAAGGAUCGAGGUGGAGGAGGCUCUGGCACAUCCGUACUUGGAGCAGUACUACGACCCCACUGACGAGCCUGUGGCCGAGGCGCCGUUCAAGUUCGACAUGGAGCUGGACGACCUCCCCAAAGAGACCCUGAAGGAGCUCAUCUUUGAAGAGACGGCACGUUUCCAGCCCGGCUUCAGAUCCUAACGUCCUACGCAGAUGAUCGUGCUGACCGGCCACCUCACCGCCAACCCCGCCCCCUUGCCAAACCCCUGCCCCGCCUCCACACCGUUGCUGUUUUAUUUUCUUCUGUCUCGCUCUGUCUCUCUCUCUCUCUCUCUCUCUCUCUCUUGUCACGUCCACUUUGCUCAGGAACGGCGUCAGGAAUCAAAUCAUCCUUGGGUGGGGGGAGGUAUGGGGGGGUUGAUUCUGUGAUUAUUUUGUGUGUGACCCCACGUGUCUUGAAAGGCGCUCGGCCGAUCGGCUUGUUUUUUUUUUGUUGUUGUUUUUCGGCAGGUUCCCCACAUGACUCGUCCGCGUUUAACUCGUUUUCUUUCUUGUUGUCGUCUGAGACGAGGACACAAAACCCAAAGCGGUGAUUUAUGCAAACGUCAUCAGCCACUAAGCCAUCGCACGCGUCUCUACUUUACACACGCAUGCGUGUGUGUGUGUGUGUGUGUGUGUGUGUGUGUGUGUGUGUGUGCGUGUGUGUGCGCGUGUGUGUGUGUGCGUGUUGGAGCUGGAUGAUGCUGGGAGGAGAGAAUCGGGCGUGAAGACACGCGUGUCCUCUGCAUGACUGUUAGCAGCUUUGUAAACAAAGACCACCAUGCUAAGUGCCACGCGGGCCGAGCCGAGCCUUUCCCCGUCCACCUCCAAGGUGCUCGGGUGUCCUCCUUUGUAGGCUUUGUUAUUAGCGUCCAUCGGCGCCCCCCCCAAUACCACCCUGCCCCCUGCUACCUUCACAGAAAACAAAAAGGGGAAAAUUCCGAGGCUGGCGCUGCUUUUUUUUUUUUUUUUUUUUUUUUUUUUACCCCCUCUGUAAACGUGAGCGCAACUGUUGCUCGGCGUUUGCGAGUCCAAGUACAAUUUUAGUUUUUCCCGCGGGUGGAGUUUACCUCGGUGGGCGGAGCUGCUUCACGAAACGCCCUACUUGAAACGAGUCGCCCGCUAACUACUUUAAGGAUCGGGAACGGUCGUCUUGAAGCAGGGGGUGUCCAAACUUUGCGCUUUUUAAUGCAUCAAAUGAAUGGACUACAUGUGACACAAAUGACCUCUAACAUGUUAGCUUAGCAUGCAUCAACCUUUUAGUAACUUUACUGUACGUCAGGGUGUGUCCGAAGGGCGGCUCGGGGGCCAUCGGUGUCCCACGGCACAUUCUAAAAAUAUCAUUUAACAAGAAAACUAAAAAACAACAAAAAAAACAAAGUAGAAAUUGAAAAAUCUGCAGUCAUUUUACAAGAAUAAAAUCAAAAUAAUAUCAAGAAAAUUUCAAUCUUUGGAAAAGAUUAAAAAGAAAAAAAAUCUGUACUUUUUUGAGAAUAACAUAAUAUUAUGAGGGGAAAAUAACGUCAUUUUAGUAACAGAAAAUUUAAACAUUAAAGAAAAAGACAUUUUUUAAAGUCGUAAUAUGAGAAACAACAAAGUUGUCAAUUUUGGAAUUACAAGAAGAAAAUUUACAAAUGGAAAGUUUAGUUUCAUAGUUGGAAAAUUUAAAAUAAAAAAAUGCCAUCAGAAAUGGAAAAGAAACUGCUGUCAUUUUACGGGCAUAAAGUCCAAAUAUGAAGAGAAAAAAGUGGCAAUUUUAUGAGAAUAAACUUGGAAUAUUAUGAGGAAAAAUGCCGUCAUUUUAGUAGCAUAGAAUUUAAAUAUUAAGGUAAAACAGAAGAACAGCAGAAACCUGCUGUAAUUUUACUCCAAUAAAGUCAAAAUGUGAAGAGAAAAAAGUAGUCUUUUCAUGAGGAAAGAAGUUGUAAUUUUACCAGAAUAAACUUGCAGUAUUAUGAGGAAAAAUGAUCUCAUUUUAGUAGCAGAGAUGAAAUAUUACAGAAAAAACUCUUACUGUUUAAAAAGUUGUAAUAUUAUGAGGAACAAAGUAAAAUCACAAGACGAAAUGUACAAGAAUGAAGUUGAAGUAGUUGGAAUCAAAAGCAGCACAAAUGGGAAAAGCAGCUGUCAUUUUACCGCAAUAAAGUCCAAAUAUGAAGAGAAAAAAGUUCAAAUGAGACAAAAAUAAUGUGAUUUUAGUAACAAAGGGUUGGAAUAUUUCAGAAAAAAUCUUCAUUUUAAGAAAGUGGGAAUACGAUGACAAACAAACCAAACACACAGUUGGCAUUUUUGGGAAAUGAGGUGAGAAUAAUAUCACAAGAAGAACAUUUGCAAGGAUUAUUUAAAAAGAAAAUAGGAAGUGAUUAGGAAAAAACGACAGCAAAAAUGAUGUGAACAAUGUGCUUUUUGAUGCCCAUACGACAAAGUUGACAUGCACUUUUUUCGUUUUUCAGUACGAAAAACGUACCCAGCCCAGGCUGGGAAACGUUUGGACACCCCCGCCUGAAGGAACAAUCCGCCGUUUCCAAAAAAGAAGAAGAAUUUAGCACUUUUUUUGGUGGUGGUGGUUGUUCUUUCUUUUAAACCAGAGCAGAGGCGCCACCUGCUGGUGUCAGCGUUAACUGCACUCCACCCCUGCUUCUAUGGCGGUGGCGACGGGCGGCCUGUACAUAUUGAGUUGACGUGGGGGCGUGGGCCUGGGGGAGGGGUUUACGUCGGGUAGGGUGGCCUGGGGUGGGGGUCUGGGAUUGUUUGGUGUGCGAUGCGCUUCUGCUCAGUUGUUUGUGCGUCUUUUUGUGCCUUCUUUGAUAUCGGAGAUUCCAUGUGCAGCUUCUGACGUGAUCGCAAUAUGGCCUCUUACACGUGAACACAAUCAAGUGGGGGCGGGGUUCAGGCGCAGGGGGGCGAGUGUACAUUUUAAGGAGAUUUGUCGCCACCGCUGUGUUUAUGGAAAAAAGUUCUAUUCCCCCCACCCUGUUGUUUUUGGGAUGUUUCAGUGUUUUGUUGUAAAAAAAAAAAAAAAAAAAAAGAAUGUUCUGUUUCUAUUACACUAAUCUUGUUUGAGUUGUGGAACCGCUUCACUCGCCGUGUUUUCAUGCGUGUGCAUCUUGAAGCGUGUCCGCCUUCCUCCCCGAAGGAAAGAAACCAGAGGAAGAAAGAAAAAAAUCAAAUAAAGGUUUCCCACUCCCCCCCCUCGGCUUGUGUUUUUAAAGGUGCGUCUGCCUCAAAGAUUGUUUAUUUUGCUGUCAUGUGAAGAAAUUGACUUUUUGCUCUUAUUGUCAGAGACUGUUUUUAAAGACUCUUUGGUUCCAGCUGUGGCGACGUCUCAAAAAAAAAUGUAAUGAUCUUUGGAAGCCAAGAAAAAAAAACCUUAAUUCCAAACAAUCAGUACUGAACACCACCACCCAUCAAUCAAUCAAUAAUUGCCAAAUAUGUUUGUUUGGGGCAACCAGAGACUCAAAUCAAUGUAUUUCAUGACCGCAUUCUCAAUAAAAACAAAUGUGUUUUACCCCAA